AUGGUCAAGCUUUACAGAGCAGUUUGUCGAGGAAGUACAUUUGACUUUACCUCUGAGGAGAAUUUGAAGCAAAGCACUAUGGCUUAUGAGAUCAGCGAGCAAAAAAAGAUUGGUGUGGGACUUGUUGGAUUUGGCAUCCUCUUCUCAUUUCUUGGCAUGAUUUUGUUUUUCGAUAGGGGCUUACUUGCUCUUGGAAAUAUUUUUUGGUUAGCAGGUGUGGGCCUUUUACUGGGUUGGCGUUCCACUCUGCAACUGUUUACAAACCGGAUGAACUACAAGGGAUCUGUGUCAUUUCUUGUUGGGAUUUUCCUCAUUUUUGUUCGUUGGCCGAUUGUUGGUAUUGUUAUGGAACUAUAUGGCUGCAUUCUUUUGUUUGGUGGAUUUUGGCCAUCUGUCAAGGUUUUUCUCUAUCAGAUUCCUGUAUUAGGGUGGCUUCUGCAGUAUCCUUCUUUGAUUCUUAACCAUUUGGGAAGGAGCUCUGGUUAG